CUGCCUAACUGCUCUGGUGCCGGGGGCUGGUCAAAGUUCAACAAGAAACUUCCGGAGUCGAUCGUCUUUCAAAGACACUGGUCUGCUCAGAGCAACUGUCACAAGCAGGUGAAGCUUUCUCCUUUUCCUGAGGAGGCAAACGUUUACAUUCUUGCGUUUGGUGUGUUAACAGAGAUGGAGCUGAAAUCAAGCUUCCGUGACAGGCAGCAAUUCAGCAUCCCUGUGACUUUGGCGUGCGUGUUCCCCGCUGCGCGCAGCGGGCCGGGAGUGUGUUUCUUUAAGAAUGUAAGUGGAAACGGAACCCGGAGCGCGGAGAGGGGAGCUGAGAGCGGAGCUCUGUGUGUCUGCCUGGGAGCGGACGGACCGGGACAGAGAGCGGCCAGUCCAGAGCCGUCUAUGACUGGGAGCUGUUUGUGGUCGACCGGGCUGCUUCUGCUGGCUGCGGGUGUGGAGAUUGCUGUGUGGGCCAACGAUGGGGAUGCAGUGUUUAUAAGGGAAUUCACACUGAUCCGACGAGAUCACCUUCCUGAAGAGCCUUUCCAUGAUGUGAGCCAAAAACCAGAAGAUCUGAGCUCACGGACAGCCCGCUCAGAGGAGGACAGGGACACGCUGUGGGACGCCUGGGGCUCUUGGAGCGAAUGCUCUCGUACUUGUGGCGGUGGAGCCUCCUACUCUUUAAGACGAUGCCUCAGCUCCAAAACCUGCGAGGGGCAGAAUAUCAAAUAUCGCACAUGCAGUAAUGUGGACUGCCCUCCAGAUGCUGGUGACUUCCGGGCCCAGCAGUGUUCAGCUCAUGCAGAUGUGCAAUACCAGGGUCAAUUCCAUGAAUGGCUGCCUGUGUACAAUGAUCCAGACAACCCCUGCUCUCUAAAGUGUAAACCCAAGGGCUCGGACCUUGUGGCAGAGCUGGCGCCCAAAGUCCUGGAUGGAACACGCUGUUACACUGAAUCUUUGGACAUGUGCAUCAGUGGCGUGUGCCAGAUUGUAGGCUGUGAUCAUGAGUUGGGGAGUGCUGCAAAGGAAGACAACUGCGGUGUUUGCAAUGGAGAUGGCUCAUCCUGCAGGCUGGUGCGAGGGCAGUACAAAUCCCAGCACGCUUCAGGGAAAACUGAGGACACAGUGGUCAUCAUCCCCUAUAAGAGUCGUCAUGUUCGCUUAGUCCUGAAAGGCCCGGAUCACUUGUAUGUAGAGAGUAAAACACUAGAGGGAGAAAAAAGUGAAUUGAUGUUGGACAAAUCAGGUCAGUACCACCUGGAGAAUACCAUCCUGGACUACCAGAAGCUUUCAGAUAAAGAAGUCCUGAGAAUGACUGGCCCCCUCGGAGCUGAUUUCACAGUCAAUGUGCAAUUUGCCAGUGGAGCAGAUAGUGUGGUCCAGUACAUUUACUAUCAACCCAUCGUCCAUCGCUGGAGAGAGACAGACUUCUUCCCCUGCUCUGUCACAUGCGGUGGAGGUUACCAGCUAACGUCUGCAGAGUGCUUUGAUCUGAGGAGCGGCCGAGUGGUGGUGGACCAGUAUUGCCAUUAUUACCCAGAAAACAUCAAACCCAAACCCAAACUGCAGGAGUGCAACAUGGAGCCCUGCCUGGACAGUGAUGGCUACAAGGAAAUCAUGCCUUAUGACCUUUACCACCCUCUGCCUCGCUGGGAGAGCAGUCCCUGGACCGCCUGCUCCUCCUCCUGCGGUGGGGGCAUCCAGAGCCGCUCGGUGUCGUGUGUGGAAGAGGAUAUGCAGGGAAACAUAACUCCUACAGAGGAGUGGAAGUGUCUCUACUCUCCAAAGACAGCAAUUCUGCAGCCCUGCAAUGAUUUCGAGUGCCCCACCUGGCUGGCGCAGGAGUGGUCACCUUGCACAGUGACCUGUGGUCAGGGUCUACGCUAUAGGGUGGUGUUAUGCAUCGAUCACAGGGGACUCCACGCUGGAGGCUGCAGUCCUACCACCAAACCCCACAUCAAGGAGGAGUGUCUGGUUACAGUGCCCUGCUACAAGUCCAUUGAUACACUCCCUGUUGAAGCAAAACCAAUGUGGCAGAAGCAGGCAAUAGAGUUGGAGGAGGAGGUGACUGUGACAGAGGAACCAACUUUCAUUCCUGGUCCCUGGCAGUCGUGCAGCAGGACAUGCGGUGCUGGGACACAGCAACGGACCGUCAAAUGCCAGGUGUUGCUGUCUUUCUCCCAGACUGUUGCAGACCUGCCCGAUGAUGAAUGCGAGGGGGUAAAACCUGAUUCAAGCCAGCCUUGCUAUCGUACUCCGUGCUCUGGAGGAUUGGGUCACGGAGGAGAAGAUGAAGAAAAGGAGGAAGACCACGAAGAGGUCAAGAAACAACAAAGAGAGGAACUACACGACUGGGAGUAUGAGGGCUUUACGGAGUGCUCAGAGAGUUGCGGUGGAGGGGUGCAGGAGGCUGUGGUCAUCUGCCUGAACAAACAGACCAGGGAGGCUGCUGACCAUAAUCUCUGUGUCAGCGCCCGCCGGCCCCCAUCACUUCUACAGGACUGCAAAACUCAGCCGUGCCCACCCAGGUGGGAAACAGGGGAGUGGAGCUCAUGCUCGGCAACCUGUGGGGUUGGCCUGAUGACACGCAAAGUAGUAUGUUCCCAUCGACCCUCUCGAGACAGCAACAACACCGUUGUUCUUCGGCACGAGGACUGCCCGAACACCCAGCCCAGGCCCGUCCAAGCCUGUAACCGCUUUGACUGCCCCCCUAUGUGGGACACACAUGACUGGGGACGGUGCUCACAGAGCUGUGGUGGUGGAGUUCAGAGGAGGCGUGUGCUAUGCAAACAGCGAUUAUCAGAUGGAAGCAUCCUGGAGCUGCCUGACACCUUUUGCCCCUCCAAAAGCCCUGAAAACCAGCAGCCAUGUGGCAAGCAGGCCUGCCCACCUCAGUGGGUCACAACUAAUUGGUCCCAGUGUUCCGUGUCCUGUGGACAUGGCAUUCAGACUCUACAAGCUUCCUGCCAGCAGCAUGGAGAAAAUGGACAGUAUUGGACUACAGACCCUAAGAACUGCUCCAUGAUGCCACGACCCAUCAGAAUCCGGCCAUGCUUUCCAAGGCACUGCGAAAACUCCCUGAAAGCUGAUCCCACCAUACUGGCCCAAAGGAAGGUUUAUAUCCAGUGGAGGAAGGGAAAAAAGGUGCAUUUAGUUGUGGGAGGGUAUGCCUACCUCUUACCCUGGUCAACCGUGGUCCUUCGCUGUCCAACCCACCGCUUCCGCAAAGGGCACAUUAAGUGGCUUAAGGAAGGGAAACCUCUGGUAACCCUCCCACACCUCUCCAUAAAAUCACAGGGGUAUGUGAAAAUUCAGCCAAUUCAUCCGUCUGACGCUGGGAUUUACACAUGCAUCGCAGGCCAGGCACAAGAACACUUUGUCCUACAGAUCAUUGGCAGCAAGCAAAAGCUCUCCGUUCCUGAGUCAUGGCUGCUUGACAGUGGUCAAAAUAAGGCUUGGCAGCCUGAUGUUGCCGCAACUGCUGGAAGAUUUCAGGAGAUAGCCAUCUCCCUCAACAAAUAUGACAACCUCGUAGAGCGUUUACUUCAGCUCAAAGGCUCCAUCAGCGACGAGAAAAAACAUUCAGACAAACCUUUUGCUAGUGAAAAGAACAGGUCAACUCAAGAGGAUGAGAGGGCAAGUGAGGAACAUUCCAUCCCCACCCUGCUCAUUGCUGAUAGCCACAUGCUAGAUGAGAUCAUUCACAACCUCUCUGAAGACCCUGAAGGUCCACAAGGAGAACAACUCAUUGCUCAUCUGUUCAGUAGGCUCACGAUGACCAAAGGUGAAACCAAUGAGUCUACCCUUCAUCCUCCGGAAAGCGCAGAAUCUUCCACACAAGGACCACUCCUUUACAAGCCAAACACCAAAAGCCACGCAUCCAAAGGUAGAAAACCAAUAAUAAUCCAGCGGCCGAAGAAGGUUGGUGUGGUCCCACAGUCUCAAAUCUUUUAUGUGGGAGGGCCAAUUUUUCUUCAGAAACCAGUGGCUAUGUUGGAAUUAAGAUGUGAGGCUCUGGGGGACCCUCAACCAUCCAUAACAUGGACAAGAACUGGAAAGCAGUUACUGUUCAGUGGAAGAGUAGCCUUGUUGCCCAAUGGUUCAAUGAGGAUUCAGUCUCCAGGAAAAGGAGAUGAGGGUUUGUACACAUGUACUGCCAGAAAUCAUCUUGGAAGCACAUCUCUUUCAUCGUGGCUGCACAUUCCAGGUGGAAAAGGAAGAAGCUGUGCCCACAGUCACAGCAAUGCAAGAAGUGGAGCGCCUUGUCCUGAGAGGAGUAACAGCAGUCAGUCAGUUAAGAUGUGCAGAGGACCAGCCUGCUCCCUCAGAUGGCAGGUGGAUGCUUGGUCACCCUGUUCAGCCACUUGUGGAGGUGGAUCCCAGUCAAGAAAUGUCCGCUGCAUGAAGGGCUCUGACGUUGGUUUAAAGGAGGUAGAGGGCAGACAGUGCCUUAAACUGGGGAGACAGCCCUCUAAUGCCAGACCCUGCAACAUUCUCCCCUGUGCCAGAUGGGCUGCAACUCCUUGGGGGCUGUGUCAUGGCCAGUGUGUGGGUCCCAGUUUGGCUACACAGCACCGAUACGUUUACUGCCAAGACAAGAAUGGUACUAAGGUUACCUCUAGGAUGUGCUUUGGGCUCAGGAGACCGAGCUCCCUGAAGAACUGCUCCACAGAGGCCUGUGCCCUGCACUGGCAUGUUGGGCCAUGGACACAGUGCACUGCCUCCUGUGGGCGGCAUGGCUUCCAGUCACGCCAGGUGACCUGCAAGCACCACCGCACAGGCAAGGCCACACGAGAGCACCACUGCAUGUGGAGGCCACGCCCCCCCAGCUGGCAGCGAUGCAACGUUUUGUCCUGUGGCAGAGCAGGAGAAUGUCGAGAUAGUACGAGGUACUGUGAGAAGGUCCGACAGCUGGAGCUCUGCCCGCUGCCGCAGUUUAGGAGCCGCUGCUGCUACUCCUGCCGAAAAACCUGAGGGCGAGGUGCCAAACCAGGCAUGUGGAAAGUCUGGAGAGGUUGGGGAAGGUACCAGCGGACACUUAAAACCUUCGAGCCCCAUCCUAACAACCAGCCCUGUCCUCAGUGAUCAGUCUUGGGAUGAUUAAGUGUGGAAAAGAAGUUUCAUUUUGUCAUACCCAAAGUGGUUGUGAUGUGAUUUUCCUUCUGGAUGAUCUGUGUGGGUUUCAAUUUGAAAGCGUUGUUACAAAAGAAAAAACCUGUCUGCUAAUUAAGCCUUUAGUUUCACUUCUCUUUUCUUUUAUUUUUUAGAUCAAAGGUUUAUUUUAAACUGCUUUUACUUUCCAGUCUGUGUAAAUUAUAGAUAAAUUCCACUAUAAACAAUAGAAACCUAGAGUGACCAUAUGCCUUCUGAAAAGGGAACACAGGGCACACAUGCAUUGACUAAUGGCUUCCCACAUAAAUAGAAUCUGGUGUACUUUUGGGAUAUUUUCAACAGUCAACAACCGAACAACAUUUUCAGAGGUAAUCCCAUGAUGAAAUAUGGGAGAUUCCUAAUGAAAGGUUACGUACACAUUUCUUAAUUAUUGAUAGACCUUUUUUAUAUGAUUCCCUAGAUUUCUGGGUAAACCCACAAGAUAGUGAUAACCACUGGAGAGUUGUUUUUCUUUAUUAAUAUGGUUUCUAGACAAUGUUGUUCUAUAAAUGUGACAACAAAAGCACAAGGCUGCUAAUGAUCAGGAAGUAACUUAAAAUCGAAUAUCUGAUACUUUUUGUGUCUGCCACGAGGGGAAUAAAUCGUGCUGCCCUUUUGGGUGAGGUGUUGGAGGCAGAAUGCACAUGUUUUAAUCCCCAGUCUUUGGUUGGAGAGAAAGUAGGACAAUACACAGAUUUUGCAUGCAUUGGUUGCACUAAUGGAGCUGACUGAAGCAGAUCAUUUUUUGGAAACAAAACAAAGCUUAUGUUGCACUUGGAACUCACAAAGUCUUUGUUGAGAACAUGGCUUGCAGAGUUGUCUUUAUUUUUUUAUUUUUUGUUUUGUUUCUAAAGUUACAUUUUGUAGAUAUUGUGUUCUGUGAUAUCUCUCUGAGUUUUUGUCAAAAUGACCUUUUAACCACUUUUGUGAUGUUGCAGCAUGUUUUAGCAUGAGACAAGACCAGUUGCUCCCCUUUGAUUUAACGCAGCCCUAAAAAUGUCACUUCUUUAACACUUUUUAGAAGAAAAAAUGCAACGCUUACCUAUGAUUGCUGUUCUUUUUUACUUUACUGUCGCAUUCACAUCCUGGUUAGUGCCAUAGGGAACCCCAUAGAGCUCAUUAACCAUACUUUCAGUUAUGUGCCAGAUAAGCAGGGUUUGCACUUCUGACUUUAUGUUUUACUGGUUGUUGAGUUGUGGAUAUUAUGUCACAGGAGGAAAAUAUCGUUUAAACAUACAUAUGCUCUUAAGUUAUGUAGAUAUUUGUUGUGUUAUUUUUACUAUUUAUUUUGGAGUUUUCUUGUGCAUAGUUCUGUAAAUACUUUCUGGGGGUGGGGG